CAUAUAUCAAUUACAAAGGCCACAUUGGUCGAUAGGUCAGUCGGAGGUUCUAAUUUGUGCCACAAGGAAAGACUUUUCGCUCGCCUGAUUUGUGAUACUUACAUCAAUCAAAAGAUCAAGAUCCAAAUUUAUCAUGGAUGGACCUCAAUGUUUACUUAUAAGUGAUGAGAAAAGCAAGAUAGUACUUAACAAAUGCUUCAAUGGGAUCGUCAAAACCGUGGAGCCCYCUGUCCUGUCAACCAUCACGUUCAAUAUCAAUGGAAUCAAGUACACAGUUGACAAUCCUGAUGCUAACACUAGCUUGAAUGAGUUCAUUCGAAACCAACCAGGCUUGAAAGGUACCAAGGUCAUGUGCCAUGAAGGUGGAUGUGGUUGCUGCGUGGUGGCGCUAGCAAGAACUGAUUCAGUGACAGGCAAAAAAGUUACCUUAUCAGUUAACUCGUGUCUUUUUCCAUUGUAUGCUGCUGAUGGUUGUGACGUGACAACAACUGAAGGCAUUGGAAAUCGUAAGCAUGGAUUUCAUGCCAUUCACAAGAGAGUUGCAGAGCAUAAUGCCAGUCAGUGUGGAUUCUGUACACCUGGGAUGGUYAUGAACAUGUACAGUCUUCUGAAAGAAUGUCCAAAGCCCACCAAACAACAGAUUGAGGAUAACUUUGACGGCAACAUUUGUCGUUGCACAGGUUAUCGUCCCAUUUUGGAUGCUAUGAAAUCCUUUGCUGCUGAUGCAAAUCCAAUCGACAUUGAGGAGCUGAGCAAGUGUUCUGGUAAGUGUGAUGACUGCCUGUGCAAAAGACAAGGUGCUGUACCGGCAAACGAUUCUGGUGUCAAGUGGUACGCUCCUAAGAACCUAGCAGAACUGUACACCAUCUUGGAUAACAAUGGUAAAGAGAGUAUUAAACUGGUUGCUGGAAACAGUGGGAAAGGAGUGUUUAAAAAAGAAGGACCUUUUGAUGUUUUUGUGGACAUCAAUGCAGUUCAGGAGCUGCACUGUGUAACGGAGGUUAAUAAUCAUCUUAUUGUUGGUGGAGGGGUUUCGUUGUCAUCUUUCAUCAAACUUUGCGAGGAAAACGCGAACAAGUCAUCUUCCUUUACACCCAUUGCCGAGCAUCUUAGAGUGGUCGCCAACACUCCCGUUCGAAAUGUUGGGUCCCUUGCUGGUAAUCUGAUGUUGGCUCACGACCAUUCAGACUUUCCUUCAGACCUCAUGACCAUCCUUGAAACUGCAGGAGCAUCCGUACUGAUUGGUGGACCCCAGCUUACUCAAGUAUCUUUGAAAGACUUCUUGACUACUGACAUGAAGAGGAAGGUUCUUGUAGCCAUUAUUCUUCCCUUUCUUCCUGCAAAUGUCGUCAUGAGGACUUUCAAGAUUACACCGAGGUCACAGAACGCCCAUGCCUAUGUCAACGCCGGAUUUGCUUUUCCAAUCGACAAAACAACUCUUACAUUGACUUCACAACCACGUAUUGUCUAUGGAGGCAUUACAUUCAACUUUUUUCGUGCGUUGAACACUGAGAGUUUUCUCAUCGGUAAGAAACUAACAGCUGAUACCCUCAAAGAUGCCCUUGAAAUUCUUGAUGCUGAGAUUGUGCCUAGCCCUGAGCUCAUAGCUCAUAACGGAAGCACUGUGGCGUACCACAAGGAUCUCGCUUUGACCCUCUUUUACAAGGGUUACAUUGCUGCACUAGGUGACCAGGCCUCGCCUCGUCUCCAGUCUGCUGGGAAGUCUAUUCUUCAUGAAAGAGCAAUUUCAAGUGGCAUUCAAAGCUACGAAACCAAGCCUGAUAUGUUCCCCGUCACCAAACCUAUGACUAAAAUUGCUGCCAAUCUACAGGCAUCUGGUGAAGCUGAGUAUGUCAAUGACAUCCCAUCCCGAGAGGGGGAGGUGUACGCAGCUUUUGUGACAAGUACUAAGGGUAAUUGCAAAAUCGAAAAUAUCGACCCUUCUGAUGCCCUGGCGUUGCCRGGAGUGAUAAAAUUCUUUGAUGCCAAAGACRUACCAGAAGGAGGGGAGAAUAAUGUGGCUUUUUUCAACCUACCAGGACCUAAAGAAGGAGUAUUUUGUGAAGGAGAUGUACUGUUUGUUGGUCAUGUCCUUGGAAUCAUUGUCGCAGAAACACAGCAACUUGCUGACAAAGCUGCCAUGAUUGUCAAGRUAACAUACAAGGACUGCAAGCCGCCUAUUCUCACCAUUCAACAAGCCAUCGAGGCCAAGUCUUUUGCUCCUCCAUUUCCCUUCUGCCCGGACAUCAAUGUUGGAGAUGCUGAAGCUUCGAUGACGUCAGCAUCCCACGUGAUCAGCGGCGAGGUUGAGUGUGGUGGUCAGCAUCAUUUCCACAUGGAGACACAGGUUGCUUUGUGCAUAUCUGAGGAGGAUGGGAUGACCGUCUAUAGCGCAUGUCAAGGAGGGGACUUAGUACAGAUGGGUGUGGCCAGAUUUUUGGGCGUCUCUUCAAACAGCGUGGAUGUUAUUGUCAGACGUUGUGGAGGUGCCUUCGGAGGUAAAGCCACAAGAUCAAUGCAAGUAGCCUGCGCAUGCACACUGGCCAGUAAAAUACUUGACAGGCCUGUCAAAAUGAAGAUGAACUUCAACACCAACAUGCAGACAAUGGGAGGAAGAUCUCCACACAAGGCUAAGUACAAGGUUACCUUUAAUGACGAUGGGACACUUCAGGGAGUUAUUUUGAACUACUAUGCUGAUACAGGAUGCACAGGAGAGGACAAUGACCUUAUGCUUGUUUCUUGUUUCCCUAUCAUGUCAGUGUACUUCUGCCCAAGCUGGAAAAUCAACCAUUACACUUGCCUCACCAAUAAAGCUUCCACUACGUUUUGCCGUGCACCAGGUCAGGUCCAGAGUGUUUUCUUCAUGGAGUCAAUCAUGGAACAUGUUGCUAAAGCACUCAACAUGACACCAGAGGAAGUGAAAGAGAAAAACCUGUACGAGAAUGGACAGAAAACCCCAACUGGUGAAACGAUUCCACACUGUAAUAUCCGGGGACUUUGGAAAGAAUUGCUGGAAAAUUCUGAAUUCGCAAAGAGAAAGGCUGCAGUAGAGGAAUUCAAUAAGAACAACCGUUGGAGGAAGCGUGGUCUAUCUCUUGUGCCUGGGAAGUUUAACGUCGAAGCUUACAUGAGCUCAUUCACCGUGUUUGUAUCGAUCUUUAAACACGAUGGUACGGUGGCUAUUGCUCAUGGUGGGGUUGAGAUGGGACAAGGAAUCAAUGUCAAGGGGGUGAUGGAAUGCUGUAACCUCUUGAACGAACGCAUCAAACCCAUCCGUGCGAUGAAACCUGACGCAUCAUGGAAAGAACUGAUCACCUUGUGUGGCUACCAAGGUGUUGAUCUGUCUGCCAAGUACCUAGUUCGUGGUUCUCCCAAGGAAGAAAUGUACGUCGCUUAUGGCGUGACGUGCACUGAAGCAGAAGUUGACAUCCUGACUGGCGAGAGACUCAUUCUGAGGUCUGACAUCUUGUUUGACUGUGGAGAAAGUAUGAAUCCAGACAUCGACAUUGGRCAAGUUGAAGGGUCUUUUGUGUUUGGAAUGGGUUACUGGUUGACCGAGAAAGUGUACUAUGAUGCACAAACUGGACAGGAGCUGUCUACUGGCACUUGGACUUACAAGCCACCCACAACCAAGGAUAUUCCAGUUGACUUACGAGUKACACUCCUGAAGAACACGCCAAACCCGCUUGGCUUCUUACGAUCAAAAGCCGUAGGCGAGCCUCCAAUUACCAUGUCCUGCUCGUGUUUGUUUGCUGUGAAACACGCGGUGGAAGAAGCAAGGAAGGAAUCCGGCAAUGAUGGCCAUUUCACACUCAAUGGUCCUGCAACUGUCGAGCGAACACAACAAAGCUGCCUCGUCCACCGUGAUCAGCUACAUAUUUAAGAUUAAGGUCCAUCGGUGUUACUAUGGCAACAAAACGUGUUGUCAAGGAGUCAUCUUUAAAAUGUACCGAGUAUAUCGUAGAAAUAGUGCAAACUGUAAAAACAAAAAAUAAUUAGUGAUUUUUGUAUUAGAAGUACAGUAUUAUUUUUGUAGAUGUCAUAUAAUAUUACCUUUUUAUCGUAUUUCGGCUCUAGACUAUACACGCAAAAAUUAGAUAURAAAAUGUCACGCAUUGAUUAUAAGAAUGUCACGCAUUACUUUGGUAAUAGUAUAACAUUCUARCGCAAGUUCAUAUUCGGGAAAUUAUAUACUGCUAUGAUUAGUUAACGGAGAAAAUUAAGUUGUUGAAUUGAAAUCAGUCUUAAUGAAAAAAAAAUUAUAUAGAGGGGUCUGUAUACAUUAUUAACUAACGUUAUACUAACCUAUAUGUCAUAGUUUUCUUUCUCUUUACUAUACCAUUACCAUUUUUUGAAUGCUAUAAAUAAAAAUGUUGAUUCA